AUGGGCCAAGUAGAGGAACUACCGGACGAUUUCGACGAGUCGCUCAAUCUCAACGAGCGGCCGCCUGCCACCGAUGCGCCUCCCAGCCAGCUGUACAAUGAAGGCCCCUCGCCCGCCGCAGAGGAGACUCCGUUUCCGAUCAACGAGGAGAGGUUGAAGGAGAUCGAGAGCAAUGAUCCCCGAGCGCCAAAGCUGCCGCCGACCAUGGCAUCGGUCAGGUCGAAUACCGGUGAAGAUAUCUUGAAAAUGAUGAACAAGACGCCGCUGUUCAUGACGGAUAUCAACGAGGCGGGUGAUGAAAACGGCGAAAACCCGGUGCUCGAUGCUCUGCAAGCUAUGCAGAACGAAGGUACCCGCGGGGAAGUUGCUCAGAGCUACCGCGAGCAAGGCAACGAGGCCGCGAGAGAGAAGCGAUGGAUCGACGCCAAGGAGUUUUACACCAAGGCCAUCGCAGUCGUGACGGUCAAGGAUAAUAAGUGGGAGAAGCCUGAGGAUCCCAAGGAAGAGGAGAAGCUUCUGCGCCAGGUCGAGGAGGCGUCGUAUAUCAACCGCGCGCUGUGCAAUCUGGAGCUGAAGAACUACCGUUCUACGACUCUUGAUUGCGCCUCGACCCUCAAACUCAACCCGAAGAAUGUCAAAGCAUACUACCGCUCCUCGAUGGCUUUGUUCUCCCUCGACAAAUUGGUAGAGGCCGAAGAUGCUGCCGCUCGAGGUCUCGCUCUCGAUCCCGACAACAAGCCUCUUCAGCAAGUGGCCGCGAAGAUCGCCGAUCGCAAAGCCGCGCUUGAGCGCAUCGCCGCGAAGAAGAAGGCGGAGGAAGAACGGGUGCAGAAAGAAAAGCUGCUCCUGAGCACUGCCCUACGCGCCAGGCAGAUCAGGACCCGCAAGACAGCGCAGCCGCCUGAUAUGGACGAUGCCCACAUCCGUCUGACCCCGGAUCCGCUCUCUCCUGAGAGCACUCUCGAAUUCCCCACCGUGCUGCUGUACCACAUGGACGCCCAGACGGAUUUCAUCAAGUCCUUCUCCGAGAUGAGCUCCAUCGAAGACCACCUGGAAUAUAUCUUCCCCUUGCCGUGGGACGAGAAACACGAAUACACGAUCAACACUGUCGACUGCUAUAUGGAGACGGUAACGGGGGGUCUAAUCAAGGCCGGCAAGAAACUCCCACUCCUGCAGAUCCUCAGCGGGGGCAAGGUCGAGGUUGUCGACGAACUCGUCAAAAUCUACGUGAUUCCCACCGCCAAGAGUGCGAAGUUCAUUGCCGAGAUGAAGGCCAGAAAGGAAGGCUGA